AUGUCUAAUGAGACUUGUGAGCACUGGCAGAGUUUAUUCAGUCGUAUCAACCAGUACUUUCGUGAUGAUAUCGUUCUGAAUGGAACAGAACAUGCUUCAAAAGAGCUUGGGUAUGCAAUAACCGCUGCUUAUUUGGUUGUGAUAAUUUUUGGAGCAUGUGGUAAUUUCCUUACGAUGCUCGUCGUUGCCCUGAAUCCUGCUAUGCGGACAACUCGAAACUUUUUCAUCUUUAAUUUGGCUCUGUCAGAUUUUUUUGUGUGCACUGUGACGGCACCAAUGACCCUGUAUACGGUUCUUUAUAUGUUUUGGCCGUUCGGCACGGCUUUGUGUAAAAUUGCCGGAUCGCUACAGGGUUUUAAUAUAUUUUUAUCGACAUUCUCCAUUGCAGCUAUUGCUCUUGAUAGGUAUGUACUAGUGAUCUUUCCAACGAAACGAGAACGGCAGCAAAAUUUGUCGUUGAUGUUCUUCGUUUUCAUAUGGGUUGUAUCCUUAAUACUUGCUGUUCCUCUUUUGAUUGCUUCCGAUUUAAAUACUAUCUAUGAGGAUCCAUCAUGUGGAAUAUCAUUGCGAAUAUGUCAUGAGCAAAACGAUAUUUGGCAAACGAUGAUGAUUUCAAAGCAAACAUACACGUUAUCCGUUCUCGCAACUCAGUAUGCCUUCCCAUUGUUCUCGUUGGUGUUCGCCUAUACUCGAAUCGCCCAUCGCAUGAAAUUGCGAUUCGCUAAUCGCAACAUAUCCUUCCCGAACUCACUUAGCCAAAAUCAACGAAGAAGAUCUGUAGUUGAACGUCAACGUCGGACUCAUCUUCUUCUGAUGUGCGUUGUGGCCGUCUUUGCCAUUGCAUGGUUGCCUCUGAAUGUUUUUCAUAUGGUGAAUACUUUCGAAUGGGUAUCGCUAUUCUCUGUCUCAACAUUUGCCGUUUGCCAUGUGGCUGCGAUGUGUUCCGCAUGUUUGAAUCCGCUCAUCUAUGCAUUUUUUAACCACAAUUUCCGAACAGAAUUUAUUGCUUUAUUCGAAAGACUUGGACUACGGAAACUCCGUGGUGUGGUAUUCACAUGGGAUGAGGAUCGUGCACGUAAAAAAGGUAUGGAACGAGAAAGUAAAACCACUGUAACCAGAUGCAAUAACGGAGGUGCUCCAUCUCUGUUAACUACACAAUUCGAACGACAUUUGGAAGAAAGUGUCGCAUUGAAUCCGGACACUGACGAACAGCUCUAA